AUGAGUCUAAUAAUCAUUAAGAGUGGUAUUUUGGAAGCUUUAAGAGGUGCAAUAUCUAAAGAGAUAACUAAUGCUAAGGAGUUCCUUGCCGAAAUUGAGAAACGUUUUGUGAAAAACAAUAAAGCUGAAAGAAGCACACUUUUGCAAAGCUUGAUUUCAAUGAAGUAUAAAAGUAAGGGGAACAUAAGGGAGUACAUCAUGGAGAUGUCUCACAUUGUUUCAAAACUUAAAGGGCUAAACCUUGAGCUGUCUGAUGACUUGCUUGUGCAUUUGGUAUUGAUCUCACUUCCUACACAGUUCAAUCAAUUUAAGGUUAGUUAUAACUGCCAGAAGGAGAAAUGGUCUCUAAAUGAGCUCAUUUCAUAUUGUGUGCAAGAGGAAGAAAGGCUGAAGCAAGAUAGAACUGAAGUUGCUCAUUUGGUAAGUACUUUUAAGGAUAAGGGCAAGAAAAAGAUGAAUGAAUAUGAAGCUGCUUCUAAGGGUCCAGCACAAAAGAAACAGAAGGAAGAUAAAUGA